AUGCGCGAGUGGCCAGGAUACUGGACCCAUCUCCCAAUAACCGUCCUUGACUGGGUCAACUGCGUCCAGUUAACAGGUGUCUGGGCCCAGCUCAUAGCUAUCUACAUCUUCUUCCUCAUCAUCUCUCUUGUCCCACUGAUCAUAGACGCCAUAACGGACGUCUUCUGUCCCCCCGACAAGCCAAACUGUCCCGAGUACGAUCGUGACCCAAUCGCAUUAUUCGAGGGUUACCACCUCUUCGCCCUCGUCCCAGUUAUUGUCACGCUCUUGAUUUUAGGCUUGUACAAACAAGCUCGAGCAUCCUCGCUUAACCUCAGUUCACCCGGGCUCAAACUCCAAGCAAUGGUCUUCAUGCUCUCGGCUGCGUCCUGGGUCCCGAGGCUUGCUUUCCCGUGGAAGGCGUACCUGGACCAGCCGCAGGAACGUGUACCUAUCUACUUGGUGAUUCCCGCUUGGUGGCAGAUGAUCGGGUUUUUGGCUGUUGAUGAGGCUAUGUUUGCUCUUGGGCAGGGGAUCUUGCUGUGGGUGGCUUUGAGGCGGGAGAAGCGUCUUGCGGCUUCUGAUGCGGAGAGGAGGCCGGCCGUUGUUGGGGAGUAUGCCAACGGCUGCAAGCUAGGGGCUGGUCGGUUAUGA